UGUGUACGCCGUCUAUAAAUACGGGCCGCCAGUGGGCAGCAGAUCGUCGAACAGUGUACACGUCGCGGCGAACGAGGAUGAGGCACUUGCUCUGGGAUCGGAAUAGGAAUCGGUAUCGGUAGCGGGGCAGAGUGUCGGGACUGUCGGCGGGAGUGGAGUGAUGCGAAUCGUGGCAUCGUGGAUGGAGGUGAACAAGUGAGAUGAAGUGAAGUGUGGUGUUGUGCGGUUAAAAAUAAACAAGGCACCCAAGGCAAAUAAAGGCAAGAAGUUCUUCUGUUCCUUCGCCCGGAAUCCGAAAUAUUUAAAAAUUUUCGGACACAAAAUCUGUAAAACACUUUCGAGACGCAUCGGAGGACGGACGGAGUAAGGGCGUGCGUCGUGGCGUGGCAUGGCGUGGUGUGGCAUGGCGUGCGUUGAAUAAUACUGAUAAAAACAAUAUACAGAGCGGGCAGCGCAAACAUAAAUAAUAUUCCACAUGCAUAGUUCGGAAAUACAUCAGCUGCUAAAAUAAACGCAGCAACCGAAGCACUAAAAACACCACCAACAAAAACUAUCCAGCCAGCCAGUCAGAUAGCCGAUCCAAUCCGAUCUGAUACGAUUCGGAAUACAACCUAUACCCCGGUCUCCUGCCUCCCGUUCCCGUUUCCCGUCUCCGUUCAUGACGUCACGGGUGAGCAUCUGGCAAGGAGCAUCAGUAUCAGCAACACAAUAACAAAUCUCUUGGGGGCAACUAAUAUACGAAGUAAAGGCAAAAAGGUAAAGUGCUUGUCCUUCGAGUCGUCAUCUAUGCGAGUGUUCGAAAUUAGAGGAGCCGAGCAUGUCCAGGCGAACGCCAGUGGAACGCCAAGCGAACCCGAAACGGAAGAAAGCUUCUAAGUCAUGUCCUCGCGACGAAGCUCCUUCCGCCGGAAGGAGAAGCCGGCCUUCGACCGAUUCAAGGAUCACUGCCGCCACUUCACGGCCUUUAUGUUCAGCAAUGUGGGCAUUAUCCUGCUAGUUACCUUCUACACCAUCGGAGGAGCCUUCAUUUUCCAGGCCAUUGAGAUCUUUGAAUACGAGCGACUCAAGCUGGAGAAGCCUCACCGGUUCAUAGCCCGAAAUUUUAGUGGAGAAGCUCUCACCCGCAUCUGGGAUCUGACGUCUGAGAAUAUUAGCUUUUUUGACCCCAGGGCUUACAGAAGGCGGGUGAACGAUGUGCUGCUCGAGUAUCAGAGAGCUAUUGUCAAGAAACAACUGAAAGGACCCGACGUGGAGCAGUGGAGCUUCUCCGGCGCCUUUCUCUACUCCCUGACGGUGAUCACCACCAUUGGAUACGGCAACAUUACACCCCAAUCCGAGUGGGGCAAGCUGGUCACCAUUCUGUAUGCCAUAAUCGGCAUGCCCUUGUUCCUGCUCUACCUGUCCAACAUUGGCGAUGUCCUGGCCAAGUCCUUCAAGUGGAUAUACUCCAAGGUGUGCCUGUGCCGCAUAUGUCCAGGUGUGGCCAAGCGGCGAAUUAUCCGGGAAAGGCGUAAGAUGCGCCAACUGGCCAGAGCACUGCAGCUACAUGACAUGGAGAACGCCCGAGGCAGCAGCAGCUACUCCAGCAGCAAUAGCACCAGCACCUCCAACAGUAGCAGUAGCGGAGACUACAGCAGGAGUUCCAAGCACAGCUCCAGCCUGGUGGAUGUUCCCUUCAGCGGUUCGGACUCCGAUAUCGAGCGGGAGAUUCGUGGUAGCACGGACGAAAUCACGGUUCCGGUGACAGUGUGCAUAUUCGUUAUGGUUGGCUACAUCCUCUGGGGUGCAUUGCUGUUUGGAAGAUGGGAGGAUUGGAACUAUCUCGAUGGGAGCUACUUCUGUCUUAUAUCGCUGAGCAGCAUAGGUUUCGGGGAUCUGGUACCAGGUGAUCGUGUGAUAACCGCCGAUAGGGAUAAGGUCGAAGUUAGUUUCAUUCUCUGCGCCGUGUAUUUGCUGCUUGGCAUGGCCGUGAUUGCCAUGUGCUUUAACCUCAUGCAGGAGCAAGUCGUCCACAAUAUUCGAGCUGUAAAGCGCGGAUUCAAGGCCUGUUUUCGAUGCAGAAGCUCCUAGGAAGGAGCCUGUCGUACAAAAGAAUCUUACUAUUCACUGUUGUAGGAGACUAGCUUAAGGUAGAAUUGUAAAUAUGUAUAAAUAAGCAGAAUGUGUUCCUUUUUGGUAAAAGUACGAUUGUAAACUUAAAAAUUAAAUUCAAUUAGCG